AUGUCUCUUUCAAAAGAACCAGAACAAAGAUUCUCAGGGGCCAGAUCAGAAUCAUCAGAUGACUCUACAGUCUCCAAAUCUGAACUUCAGACUGAUGGAGGCUGGUUAGCUUGGUCUCAGGUCUUGGUCAGCCACCUGCUUGUCGUUAAUGGCUUUGGGUAUCAAACUUCCUUUGGAUUGUUCCAAUCUCAUUGGAUGGAUGCUCUGAAGAAGUCAUCAUCCGAUAUCUCAUGGGUGGGAUCAAUUCAGCUUUUCCUCUUGUUUUUUGUUGGAACAAUUUCCGGGAGGAUUAUGGACGCUGGAUAUUUUCGAUCACUUGUCUACGUGGGCUGCUCGCUGCAGCUUCUCGGAAUAUUCACCACCUCUGCAGUUGGCAAGUACUGGCAGCUAGUUCUGUCACAAGGAAUUACCACAGGACUCGGGAAUGGCACUCUCUUUACGCCUGCCAUCGCUCUAGUUUCGACAUAUUUUGUGAAAAAGAGGCCCUUAGCGCUCGGAUUUGCUGCAUGCGGAGCACCAGUUGGCGGCAUUGUAUUUCCCAUUAUUGCUCGUCAGUUGGAUCCACAGAUCGGGUUUCGAUGGACCACACGGGUCAUGGGUUUCGUCAUGAUCUUCAACGCAGUCAUCAUCGUUCUACUGGCCCGUCCGGGGCGCUCAAACAGACCUCGGGGAUCAUUCGUCGAGUGGGGCGCUUUUCGUGAACUACCAUAUACCCUGUUUGCCAUUGGUAUAUUCUUCACGCUGUGGGGCGUGUACUUUGCAUAUUUCUAUACAAUGACAUUUGGCAAAAGCAUCGCCCACAUAUCAGAUGGCACGUCAUUGAUCCUCUUGGUUGUGCUUAACGCUGUUGGUAUUCCAGGGCGUCUGAUACCCGCACUACUAGCAAACGCCUACUUUGGUGCUUUCAAUACUCUGCUUGUUUUUGUGCUUUGCGUUGGUAUCAUGCUCUACUGCUGGAUUGCCAUUUCAAGUUUUGGUGGCUUUGUUGCUUUCGUUGUUGUAUAUGGCUUUUGCUCCAAUGCUGUUCAGACCUUGUUCCCAUCAACGCUCUCUAGUCUGACAACGGACCUGAACAAGAUGGGUGUCCGAGUGGGAAUGGUGUUCAGUAUUAUCAGCAUUGCAUGUCUUACGGGCCCACCCAUCGCCGGAGUCCUGAUCGAUAAAAAGCAUGGCGAUUAUCUCUAUGCACAAAUAUUUGGAGGGACCACGGUAAUCCUUGGAGUUUCGGUUCUUUUUGCGGCACGGCUGGCACAGAUACGAAUUUCCAAACAAUCCAAGACGGAAGCAACGACUGGAUGA